AUGAAAGCGGUUCAACUUUUAUCGUCCAAGGGAGUCGUGCUGAUCGUGGCCUGGUUUGAUGGGUUUCUCCACACGCCGAUCGGCCACCACGAGGGCUGGGACUUCGUCAGCACGAUUCGCUAUUCCGGAACGCCCGUUGCGCACCACCAUUCAAAGGUCGUCGAUCUGGUCUAUAGGCCCGUGGAUCAGGUUUUAAUGUUGUUGCUUGGCAGCGGAACCGUAAUGACCUUGAAGUGUCUGUUUGAGUCUGGAGAAUUUCAAACUGUGCCGAUCCGCUGGACUCAAAAUAACUACAUGUUUAUCGCCAAGGCCUUGAUCGCUGGAGAUGAUCUGGGGCAACUGGUCCUUGGCUAUGGGCGCGGAUUGAAUCCGUAUUGUAAAUCUGCAAUUUCUUUGGUCCUAUAUGAUGCGGAAUCCGAACGCCUCGUCUUUGCUUCUGUAAAGAACUAUGAGAAAGCGUUUGAUUCUGAAAAAGCCCUGUUCGGCAUACUUAUCGGCCCAGACGUUGUUAGUUCUUUCUACGGGGCAAAGGCGGACAUCCAUGCCGGCUACAGUGAACCCCUUCCAAACACAGUAAUGCUGAAGCGCCCGAUAAUUCAACAGCGAGUCGAAAAAAUUGUCUCAGCGAAUGCGGAGGAACACGGGCUCACAAUUCUAGUAGCCCUUGGAAGAAGGGCCUCGAUCUUAGUGUACGACCCGACCUCCGAGACGAUCGUCGACACCAACCACCACACUUGGGCCAUGGAGUAUUAUGAUGCAGCGUUUUUUACAGAAUGCGUGCCCGCGACAGGGAAUGAGAUGUUUUGGUGUGAAAAGCGUCUCGAUGGCGACAGUACCGUGUUUUACGCCGGAAUAAUCAAAUUUGACCUUGACGGCAUUGGGACUACAAUGAAGGAGUGGGUGACAACCAAAUUGCCCGGCAAUCACGUGUCGGCUCGAAUGCAGAUAUACUUCCACGGAGGCAACUUUCCCGGUGCUGUCAUUAUACAGGACGUUAAAGAUCCGAAGACCGGACGCUUCUCCGAGGAAGCGCUGUUUUGGGAGCCGGGAAGUAAGAAGCCGUUUAAAUUCGAGUCGCACUUCUGGGUGGACCGGCUUCACAAGUUCGGCCUUUAUGACUGCCUGAUGACCGACAAAAAAAAUUGUUUCGAUGUCAAAUGCAUCAAACAGUAUCCGUUGCUGCCCGACGGCCCUGAGUCGGACCAAGCGAAAAUCCACAUACUUUAUCGGCGCCCUGACGAGCAUUGCUGGGUCUCGUUGUACAAUCCAGGAGCAGGAGAGCUGUUCCAAAGUUGCAUGCAGAUCUUUGACGCUGGUUAUCAGUCCGACAAGCGCCACAUCGCGCUGCACGACCGAUUUGGGCUCAAGGAAGUCAUGCAGCUUUUUGAAAGUGAUGCGAUGGCGUACGGGCCGCAAGCGUUGCACAUCAUUCGCCGAUGUCCAUGUCGCGAUCCACGACGAAGUAAGAAAAAAGGCUUUCUCGAU